AACAAUCAAAAUUGAAGUGGCGGGCGGUUUGGCUGCUUCAUGUUCAGUGUCAGUAGUUUUGUCAAUUAUUUUAAGGGAAAUAUGUUUCAGAUCCAUUCUUUGUUGAAAAGUUAUUUACCACAAAGCAUACACUUUUCAGUAUCAGUCAAAACUGACCGAAGCACUCAUUAGCUAAGGUCUGUUUCACUGAUCCAGUCCUACUUACCUGAAAGUCCCAAUCCAUGAGCGAUUUGGAAGAAAAAGUCAGUAAGUGUGACUCAAAGGACCCUCUAAAGCCAAAUAUUUCUAAUGGAAUACGUAAUGUUCAUAGUCCAUCUCAUAACUGCUCAUCAAAAGAAACGGGUUCAGGUUUUAUGCUGCUUAGCGUAAAACACUUAUCAAAAGUCAAAAGGACUAAGCAACAGGCAGCAAGUGUAGAUAGCAAUGUGUAUGAAAGGAAUGGCGCGGAAACUAGUGAAAUUUCGCCUUUCUCAAACUUCAGUCAAGUAGAUGGUGUUUUAAUGCAUCAGAAUACUAUGUGUGAUAAUGCUAUUCAUGAUGUUUAUGGAUCCGGAUCCAUCGAAGCUGAGGAGUUUGAAGACUUUGAUGACCCAGAGGAUGGUGUUGAAAUGAACGAUAACGGAAAUGGGAUAAGAGAUGCAAGUACACUUCCUCAAAACUGUUUCAAUGUUCGCUCUUGUUCAGUAAUUCCAGUCCCAGUUAUGCCAUCAAACGGUGUGGACAUCUGUCAGUUCCAUCCAUCCACAAAUUCUCAGUCAUUUGUAAAGCCAUUGAAUGGUCGUUUCAAGCCAAAUAAUUCUGCUGAUAAAGUUUCUGGCAAAAAGUUCACAUCUAUAUAUCAUGACGGCUACCAACAAAACCAUUGUUUAUCUCCCAUAGCAUUUCCGACUUUUGAACAUCCUAGAAAUUCAGAAUACUUGCAACUUUUCCAGAGUGAAUCCAUUUAUCCUACAUAUUCUCGUGACCCAUGUGACCCAGUUUCGACAAACCCUAUCAUGUCAAAUAUUGUGUCAUCAUCAGAAUCUCCGCUUCACGUUGAUUAUUGUCCGUCUUCUAAGCAAAACCUAAACAUCGCGCAUCACUUACGUGAUCAGGGAACAAUACCUGACCCUCACGGGUUUCCAAUUAAUUCGGAUGUGUCGUACUCCAAGUCAUUAUGUAAUAUGGUCAGUAAUAACUAUUCGGAUCCUCCAAAUACUUCAAACUGGGUAAAUUUAACAAAUGUACUGCAUCCUACAUAUCAUAUUGGUCUAUCUCCUCAUUCCAGACACGGUAGUUACAAUCAACCACUGACUUGUCUGCACCACCUACACCCAUCAACAACAUCAGGCAACACAGCACCAACUGUGUCUGCAAACAACCAUUUGACGUCGGACGUUGUUGCUAUAGCUGCGGCGUCACUCCCGCCACUGCAACCGGCUUCGAGAUUUCGUAAGGCUCGGAUACAUGAAACCGUAGAGCAGUGGUCCUAUGGUCGGUUUUCUGUACACGAUUGUCAUCUAAAAGCCAUCCCUGACUGGGUUAGUGAGCUUCAAAAAAAGUCGUUUGUAUGCGAGAAAGCUGUUACGACUUUGGCGAACAAAAGAAUCAAAUGUUUGUCAUGUUUCAUACCAAAAGAAGAUAAAGAAUCAUCUAUGUUCCCACGAGCCACACAUGACUCUGCACAUGCUGGUGCUUCUGUCGACUCACAUUCCAGACACGCUCAUGAGAAAGUAGAUGCCCUAGAGAAUGAUUUGGACGCUCAAUCAAUGGUUUUGAGUAAUGGGUUUGCAGGAACUAAUCUUUUCUCUUUUUGGAAUAAUGGUCUUCGUGUUCAUAGUCAAGUUCCUUUCACGGCUAUUCACAUACGCAGUUCCGAGCCAGUUUACGAUUCUUGUGGAAAUCGCGAUAACAAUUCGCAAGAUAUCGUGGAAUUGGAAUGUACGGAUCAGUCAACCUGUGCAGUGAAUGGGCAUUACGAACAUUUCAACUCUGUCGACCCUUUAUCGCAAAGAGAAAACAGAAUCCAGAGUGAUAAAAUAGAAUUUCCAGAUAGUUCUGCAACUCCCCUAUAUGCUUCAGACCCUGCUACUGCGUAUUUGCGUCGACAAAACAUGGGUAUAUCAAAUUACGUAAAUAAACUGUCAAUUGUUACGGAGUUGGAACAACUUUGUAAUGACUCAGCAAUCGCACCUCUAAAAGCUUCAGACAUGGCUACUCUCCCCAAAUCAGACUCCACCUAUUCUGAUUCAAAAAAGGUUUCCAACCGUACCUCUGAAUGUGUCAAUUCUCAUAUGGAUGAAAUUUGUACCUGCAAAACUUCAAAAACUAUUUCAAAUAAUGCCCCCCCAGGUAGUCCAAAUUCUAGUUUCGUUCCCAAUGGACCUAAUCAAAUCCCACUUGAAUUACAAAUUUCAGCGGAAAUUUCGAAAUCUAGACUCCGAUUGUUGGACUUAAUGCCCAAUGGUGAUAACAAACUGGGACGCGAAUGUACCCACAUAUUAUCUAUAGAUCCAAAUGUACAACGUCUGAUAAAUUCGGAAGGCGCAAAACUGAUUAACAAAUGCGAAUCUGAAUAUAGUUUUUCGAAAUCUAAUAAUUCUGGUGGUUUUUCAAUAAAAUCAUUAAAAAAUAGUGGAUCUUACUCUCAAUCUUGUCGCCGUUCAAAAAGCUUUGAUGACAGCUCGUGUAUCAGUCGUUUGAAUAGAAUUAAAAAUAAUAGGUUGUACAAUUCUGACAUCGUUAAAAGGACUUGGGCUCCUUUAACUGUUAAUAAUAUGACCAGUUCUGGAUCACCAAAAGGUAUAAAGUUCCCUAGCGAUUUUGCCGAGGAAGUUGAAUACUACCAAAAUUCCAGAGAAUCUUCGCUAUUGUCAGAUCGUCUCGAGGCUCGAAUUCGUGCAAGUAUGGUAAGUUGGAAACCUCAUCAGCCCUAGUAGAUUGUUGUGUGAUGAAAUGUUGGGACAUAUUCAGAAAGCUCGGUUGGCUUUUAGCGAAUCAUUGUCUGCUAACGAAAGGGGUCAUAUACUGCUCAGUGAUUCGCUAUAUUUUACUUCAUGACAGUGAAAGAUGACUUUAAAAGUGGAGGACAUUCGUGGGUCACGUAUCUUUAGAGCGUUAUUUGUGUAUGGGUGGACCGUCAUUUGUGAGCAUUGUUAAGGUUAAAUGUAGACUAUAGGUAAAUAUGGCAAAGCAUCUGGUGAGAUUAUGAAUCUGCAUCAAUGAAGGUGGUCGAACCACCUUCUACCUCAACGGAUGAUCCUAACUAGUGUAGGAAUAUUUUGGGAGAUAUCUAGUAGCCGACAUACCUAUUGUUGUAGUAUUUAAACACUAAAAUUUUCUUUGCGAUAAAAAGCAACACUUCAAUAGUCCACGUUGCAAAAUACAUUGUAAAAACACCAUGGAUUUCCUUUCAUACCAUUCACGAUACAAUAUCCAUCAAAACAACUUCAGAUGCAGUGUUUAUUACUUUCCUCUUCGAAUAAAAGGGUAAUCUAUUACAGCGUUAAAUAGGGUCGCAGUAUUCAAUUGAAAUCUGAUGAGGCUUUAUAUCAUUAGUGAUGAAGUGAAAUACCACAGAAAUGGGAUUGUAAAGCACAACUGACAUACAUGGACAAUAAACAACUAACUUUCACCCAAUAUACUUGAGUAGAUAAGGAUGGAGCAAAAAAUAUUUAUACUUUAUUCAUGUCACUUGGGUUACUUUGUUUUGUAAAAGAUAGGAAAUAUAAGCGCAAGAUUCAGUUAGUCCAAAUCCAAGUUUGCAUCAAAUAGCUGUGACGAUAAGAUAAUAAACAAACAUUUAAGUGGUCUUCAGGGCGAAAGAAAAAGUUAUUAGUACGACAUCAGCCAUAGGCAGAUACGUGCAUUCUUAAUCUACAUCUUGGGUUCCGUUGAUAUCCCAUACUUUUUAUCUUAUGGUUUUAUUUUUGCUCAAACCUUACUCUCCAUUCCUAAUUUCUCUCCAUUCAUGAAUAACAUUACUUUUAUUUAUUUCGUCUAACUAUACUCAUAUAUAUCAGCAACUUAGGUUGAUGCAUGUUUGUGAUGUUUAUGAUGGAUUAAAUUUCAGUUGGCUUCACUUAAUAUGAUCAAGUAAAUUUGUUGUUGAUUAAUUUGACUAUUUUUGAGACAUUUGCCUUGUGAAAGAAAAGUUUGUGUUGUGUUCAUAAAAAUUAUAUUGGUAUGUUAAGCAAUAGUUUUGUUUUUCUAUUUAUAGGAGGCCAUUCGCUCGACGUUAGUUAAUAGUUUUCGAGAUGAAUUGGCAACUGUUCUGGCUGAGAAUGUCAAUUUACGUUCAGAAAUAACUCGAUUAAACUCCGAGUUAACGCUUAUUCGAAGUUAUCAACAUGCCUUCUUUGCUAUUCGACCAUUUGUUCCACCUGGCUUGUGGGAAAAUAUUUGUGUUCAACAGGGAUUACCUGUAUCAUCUUUUGGGAAUGAUUCAGAGUACCAAUCACCUUUUAACCCCCAGGUUUCCCGGUAAACAAAUUAUGAAAACUCAUAGUAAAUCUUCAUCUCUAUCAAACGAAGAGCGUUUCUCUGUUAUUUUCCAUGAAUCGACAGUGCAAUAGUUAUUUCCACGGCGAUUUUGGCCGCCAAAAUCUUGAUCUCACUGCUAUAAAAACAUACGGAAAACGUUUUAUCAAGUUGAUUUGCUUACUUUACAAGAUUUUUCACGUUUCUACCGACUAUAUUUUCGUUUCUCGUUUUUUAAAAUGGUAUUCAGUUAUCUUGAGAUAAUCGUUUUGUUCUUUGAGAUCUGCAAACAAGUAUUUAUCUACCAUAACAACUAACGAUAACCUACACCUUCGACUCUGUUCUACUUCUCUUUUUAUGUUAACCUCUUUUUACCAGGCUCUUUCACCCCCGGAACUAUCAGUUGGUGUUACUGUUUGAGUUCAGGCUGUUUUGACAACAGUAACUGUACAAUUUUACGUGAACACCCUGCCAUGCUUUCUCAAGUAUGUAGGCCUGAACUGUGAUUUUCGAAGGCUACUUGUGAUGUUUCCAUGUUUGUAUUAAAGCCAAGCAUGUACAGUUUUAUAGAUUGUCUUUUUUUGUCUGAAUGAUACUUUUUGUUUCUGAUUCUUCUUUUCUCUUUUCACCUUAAUAUUCUAAUCUCUUGAUCACUGGUAAAUGUUUAUGCUAAAGUAACGUAGUCAGUAUGUGUUUAUAGUUUGAAUUCUUGAGUCAGUUGUAUUAGUAUGUACAUAGUGUUCGUUCCCGGCGAUUUGCUUAUUGUUGCAUUGUAUUUACGUUUUUUAUUCGCUCUUUUUGUCUUAUCGGUUUCUUUUAAUACAUUUUCGUUCCUGAUGAUGUUGAUUGUCAACACCUAACUAGCCACAUAUUUUCACUUCCAACUCUUACCCUCUUUGUUUGCGAACUAUGUAUCAAUAGCUUCGAUGAUGUUAUACAUUCCUGAAGUAAACAAACUCACUUGACAUGUUAUUUUAAAACUUCAAAUGUUUUGUGCCUAAACAGCUAUGCAUUUGUGCCUGUCAUUGGUUUGAAAUUUUUUGAAGUGUUUGAAUUUCAUUUUACUGUAAUAGGAGCAUUCGGUUCUUUUAUUGCCUAGCUUCAUGUUUCGUUAUUUUGGUUUUCGAGUCAAUCAGAAUUCGUGGAUUCUAAAAAAAUUUAGGCCAGAUUCUGUAGAAAGGUAAUUGUACUUAAUAUCAUGGACUAGUCCUUUUUGUGUGUUUAUCACUAAAGUUCAUUGUAAAUAAUUUUUGCAUUGUCUGUGAUUCUGUUGUAAAUGCGCACAAAAUUGUAAACGUAAGACCACCUCUUUUGGCCUUUACUGUUAACCUUUUGUUCUGUCAGUGUUCCCAUCCAACUAGUCAAAGUUUUAAAAUAUCCAACUUUGACGUUUAUGUGCUUAAAGUAGAUUAGUAGACUUCAUUUGUCAAAUUUAUUGGCAUUUCCCAGGUAUUAAUGGUAGUCAACAUUCCUAAAUUCAUUGGUAGUGAAAUAUAUUUGAAAAAAAUGUACUGGA